CCUUUUGCAGUGGCGGCCUCCAGGCUCGAACUGCUGCGACUCGGCUUCUCCUUCCCUGAACCCAGGACCGCGGCGCCAUGAACAAAAAGAAGAAGCCGUUCCUGGGCAUGCCCGCUCCGCUCGGCUACGUGCCAGGGCUGGGCCGCGGAGCCACGGGCUUCACCACCCGCUCAGACAUUGGACCUGCACGGGAUGCCAAUGACCCCGUGGAUGACCGCCACGCGCCGCCUGGCAAGAGGACUGUCGGGGACCAGAUGAAGAAGAACCAAGCGGCGGAUGACGACGACGAGGACCUCAACGACACCAACUAUGAUGAGUUUAAUGGCUAUGCUGGCAGCCUUUUCUCCAGUGGACCCUAUGAGAAGGACGACGAGGAGGCAGAUGCCAUCUAUGCAGCUCUGGACAAGAGAAUGGAUGAAAGAAGGAAGGAGAGAAGGGAACAAAGGGAAAAAGAAGAAAUUGAGAAAUAUCGUAUGGAACGCCCAAAAAUCCAACAACAGUUCUCAGAUCUCAAAAGGAAGUUAGCUGAAGUCACAGAAGAAGAGUGGCUGAGCAUCCCUGAGGUUGGCGACGCCAGGAACAAGCGUCAGCGGAGCCCGCGCUAUGAGAAGCUCACCCCUGUUCCUGACAGCUUCUUUGCCAAGCACCUACAGACUGGAGAGAACCAUACUUCAGUGGAUCCUCGACAAACCCAAUUCGGAGGUCUUAACACCCCUUACCCAGGGGGGCUGAACACGCCAUACCCUGGCAGCAUGACGCCCGGGCUGAUGACCCCAGGAACAGGGGAGCUGGACAUGAGGAAGAUUGGCCAGGCCAGGAACACCCUGAUGGACAUGAGGCUGAGCCAGGUGUCUGACUCGGUGAGUGGGCAGACUGUCGUCGACCCCAAAGGCUACCUGACAGACUUGAAUUCUAUGAUCCCAACCCAUGGUGGUGACAUCAAUGACAUCAAGAAGGCCCGGCUCCUGCUCAAAUCUGUUCGGGAAACGAACCCUCAUCACCCACCAGCCUGGAUAGCGUCAGCCCGCCUGGAGGAAGUCACAGGAAAGCUGCAAGUCGCUCGGAAUCUGAUUAUGAAGGGGACUGAGAUGUGCCCUAAGAGUGAAGAUGUCUGGCUGGAAGCAGCCCGGCUGCAGCCUGGGGACACGGCCAAGGCUGUGGUGGCCCAGGCCGUCCGCCACCUUCCGCAGUCCGUCAGGAUUUACAUCAGAGCUGCAGAGCUGGAGACAGACAUCCGUGCAAAGAAGCGGGUGCUUCGGAAAGCUCUUGAGCAUGUGCCAAACUCAGUUCGCUUAUGGAAGGCAGCCGUGGAGCUGGAAGAGCCAGAGGAUGCCAGGAUCAUGCUGAGCCGGGCAGUAGAGUGCUGUCCCACGAGCGUGGAGCUCUGGCUUGCUCUCGCGAGGCUAGAGACCUAUGAGAAUGCCCGCAAGGUCCUCAACAAGGCGCGUGAGAACAUCCCCACAGACCGUCACAUCUGGGUCACUGCUGCCAAGCUUGAGGAGGCCAAUGGGAACACACAAAUGGUGGAGAAGAUCAUCGACCGAGCCAUCACUUCAUUGCGGGCCAACGGCGUGGAGAUCAACCGUGAGCAGUGGAUCCAGGAUGCUGAGGAGUGUGACCGGGCAGGGAGCGUGGCUACCUGCCAGGCAGUCAUGCGUGCCGUGAUUGGGAUCGGGAUUGAGGAGGAAGACCGGAAGCACACCUGGAUGGAGGACGCUGACAGUUGCGUGGCCCACAACGCUCUGGAGUGUGCACGUGCCAUCUACGCCUACGCGCUUCAGGUGUUUCCCAGCAAGAAGAGCGUGUGGCUGCGGGCAGCCUACUUUGAGAAGAACCAUGGCACGAGGGAGUCUCUGGAAGCCUUGCUUCAGAGGGCAGUGGCCCACUGUCCCAAGGCAGAGGUGCUGUGGCUCAUGGGUGCCAAGUCCAAGUGGCUGGCAGGGGACGUGCCUGCAGCAAGGAGCAUCCUGGCUCUGGCCUUCCAGGCCAACCCCAACAGCGAGGAGAUCUGGCUGGCAGCUGUGAAGCUGGAGUCGGAGAAUAACGAGUAUGAGCGGGCCAGGAGGCUGCUGGCCAAAGCCAGGAGCAGUGCACCCACAGCUCGGGUGUUUAUGAAGUCUGUGAAGUUGGAAUGGGUGCUGGGGGACACAGCAGCUGCCCAGGAGCUGAGUGAGGAAGCCCUGCGGCACUAUGAGGACUUCGCCAAGCUGUGGAUGAUGACUGGGCAGAUGCUGGAGCAGCAGGGGCUGACUGAGAAGGCCCGGGAUGCCUACACCCAGGGGCUGAAGAAGUGUCCCCACUCCACACCCCUGUGGCUCUUGCUGUCCCGGUUGGAGGAGAAGAUUGGGCAACUGACCCGAGCACGCGCCAUCUUGGAGAAGUCUCGUCUGAAGAACCCGAAGAACCCUGGUUUGUGGCUGGAGUCAGUGCGGCUGGAGUACCGGGCUGGGCUGAAGAAUAUUGCCAACACACUGAUGGCCAAGGCGCUGCAAGAGUGUCCCAACUCAGGUGUGCUGUGGUCUGAAGCCAUCUUUCUUGAGGCGAGGCCACAGAGGAAGACCAAGAGCGUGGAUGCCCUGAAGAAGUGUGAGCACGACCCACAUGUGCUGCUGGCUGUGGCCAAACUGUUUUGGAGCGAGCGGAAGAUCACCAAGGCCAGAGAGUGGUUCCACCGCACGGUGAAGAUCGACUCCGACCUUGGGGACGCCUGGGCCUUCUUCUACAAGUUCGAGCUGCAGCACGGCACCGAGGAGCAGCAGGAGGAGGUGAAGAAGCGCUGUGAGAAUGCGGAGCCCCGGCACGGUGAGCUGUGGUGUGCUGUGUCCAAGGAUAUCACCAACUGGCAGAGGAAGAUUGGGGAGAUUCUGGUGCUGGUGGCCGGCCGGCUCAAGAACACCUUCUGACUGGUGGAUGGGGGCAGGGGAGUGGCAUUAAAAGCCUCUGUGUGACGCUG